AUGGCGGAGGCCCGCAGCACGCAUCUGCAGAUGUCUCGGCGUUCCCACGGCUCUGUGAGGCCCACGUCGCAGACCUCAGGAUUCCCCUCGCCUGCCCUUGCCUCUUCGCCCAGGCUUUGUGCCCCCUCCGCAGUGCCGUUUCCUGGGGCCUCACGCUCCGUGCUCCUGGACCACAUUCCCGAUUGGCUGUGGUUCAACAAACCGUUUCCAGUGACAGACCCUGGGACUCGCUGGCACGGACGCAUCCCCACCGUGCCUGGCACUGUGCGUCCUUCCUCUCAGGAGUCAGCGGGCACCCUCAGCUCGAGGACAGGCGUGCGCGGGGCUCUGGGCCACGUGCUGCUUCCGCCACCACCCAGGAUCUUGUGCCGACCCUGGCACAGCUCUGGCCCCUCCAGAAUCGAUCUGUGUGCUUCCCUGCCCAGCUGCCCCUGCUUCACACAGAGCGGGAGCCCCGUCAACGUCACAGAGGAACUCUGUGGGGGACUCCACAAGGCUGAAGGACUCGAGCUGGACCGUUUACCGCCCUCCACUGUGAGCAUCAGGGACCGGCCCAAGUCUCUCAGGUCCAAGCUUCAGCUUGAGCUCCCUUAUCUCCUACUUCUCACCGUGUGGGCGGGCAACUCAUUAACUGAGAGGAUCCAGGACCAGGCAAGGCACCCGGAGGAGGAGCUGGUUUAUGACCAAGUACAGCUCCCGCCACACUGGACUGUGGAGAAGCCCCUGGAGCCAGGCAACAUGACCAGGGUCCAGCACUUCGUCCUCCUGGGCCUGUCCACCAGGCUGAGCACCAGGGACGCCCUCUUUGCCGUCUUCCUGGCCCUCUACCUGCUCACCCUCCUGGAGAACACGCUCAUCAUCUACCUCAUCUGCAGGCACACUGAGCUCCACAAGCCCAUGUACUUCUUCCUGGGCAACCUCAGCGGCCUGGAGAUGUGCUACGUUUCUGUGACCAUGCCCACACUGCUCGUGGGGCUGUGGACUGGGCCCUACCGUAUUUCCUUCAUGACCUGCAUGACCCAACUCUUCUUUUUCAUAACCCUCAUCGGAACAGAGUGCACCCUCCUGGCCGCCAUGGCCUAUGACCGCUACGUGGCCAUCUGCCGCCCACUGCACUACCCGCUUCUCAUGCGGCCCCAGGUCUGCCUGGGCCUGGCCCUCUCCUCCUGGCUGGGUGGCCUGCUGGUCUCAGCAGCAAAGACAAAAUGCAUCGCCAGCCUGACUUACUGUGGCCCCAACGUCCUCAACCACUUCUUCUGUGACGUCUCCCCUCUGCUCAACCUGUCCUGCACCCACGUGGCCCUCACGGAGCUGGUGGACUUCAUCUCCGCCAUCGUCAUCUUCUGUGGGACACUCCUGGUGGCCUUGGCCUCCUACUCGGCCAUCACCAUGGCUGUGCUCCGCAUGGCCAAGAGCAGCUCCCACCAGGGGGGCCUGAAGACGGUUGUGUUCCUGGGUAUACCCUCCGCUGGAUUGGAGCUGAACCCCCGGGCACUGGAGCCUCCUCCAGGUGAGAGGUCAGCAAGGGAGGAAGUGCCCACCACCCUUCUCCUGUCAGAGGAGGAGGCCAAGUACUGCUUUGGGCUGUAA